AUGGGCUGGAAGCGUUUAGAAACGCCUUCAGAGCCGUUGGGCGAACUGGUGGACCCUCCAGCAGGCUUUCCGCGGACACACCGGGUGCUGCGGGCGGUGACCAUGCUCGCUACGGUGUGCAGCGCAGCGUUUGCUGUGCUCUUCAUCCAUCCACCACCGCAGGUGCUCGCAGACGGAUCGCAGCGGUCGAGACCGCACGUAUUCGAGAGCUUCCAACUUUGGUGUUUCCGAAAGAUGGAGAGUGCCGGUUUCAGAAACCCCGUAGACCUAGACAGAGCUCGCUCUGAACCGCGGGAGGCAGCGCCGAUGUCUGAGCGCCUAGAACCGACUGGCGUCGAGUCAAGCGAACCCCAGGUCGACACGCGGCUGGCUGCUCUGCUGUUAGACGGCAGAGCAGAGUGCACAGGGAAUACAAGUGGUGGAGUGAGCGGCACCGAACUGAGGUCGAGAACCUGA